AUGCUGAAUCUAAUUCUGCCUCUCCUCCUCCUCCUCCUCCUCCUCGGCCUCACCGUCGCCGAGGAUGGCCUCCAAGCCUGGCUUCGCUACGCGCCUCUACCAACUGGCCAUGAUCUUCCCGCUCUUCCUUCGCGAAUUGUCACGCUCAAUGGCAGCACUUCCAGUCCCGUCUUCACCGCUGGCAGAGAGCUUCAGAAAGGUCUCCUAGGAAUCUUCUCUAAGCACGUUGCCAUUGGCGAAGCUAGUCGGGAGAAUACCUCCGCUGUUGUGGUCGGCACUGUGGACCAGUAUAGCUCCAUCUACAACAGCACUGCCGAGGAUAGCCAUCCCCUUGAAGAUGGCUUCUCGCUGAGAGUGCAAGGCGACACUGUUCGGAUUCUUGGCCAGAACGAGAGAGGUGCACUGUACGGAGCGUUUGAAUAUCUUUCGAUGCUUGCGCAGGGCAACUUCUCAAACGUCAAUUACACCUCGAAUCCAGCAGCGCCAAUCAGAUGGACGAAUGAAUGGGACAAUAUGGAUGGUAGUAUUGAAAGGGGCUUCGCCGGAGCAUCCAUUUUCUUCAGCAACGGCAGCAUUGUGGCCAACUUGACUCGCGCGGCUGAGUACGCCCGACUUCUCGCUUCGAUUCGUGUCAAUGCGGUGGUCGUUAACAACGUCAACGCGAACUAUACGACACUCUUGUCGGAUAACAUCGAUGGACUGGGCAGGAUUGCGGAUGUCUUCCGGCCGUACGGUGUACAAUUGGGAUUGAGCCUGUACUUCGCCUCGCCAGCCAAUCUCACUAAUAUCGCAACUUUUGAUCCUCUGAAUCAACAAGUCGUCGAUUUCUGGCAUAACAAGACAGCCGAAAUAUACGAGCGCAUUCCAGACAUGGCUGGAUACCUUGUCAAAGCAAACAGUGAGGGCCAGCCCGGUCCCAUCACCUACAAUCGCACGCUUGCGGAAGGUGCAAAUUUGUUUGCUAAGGCGUUACAGCCAUACGGUGGCGUCCUCAUGUUCCGCGCUUUUGUAUACGAUCAGCUGAACGAGUCCAACUGGUACGCGGAUCGAGCCAAAGCGGCCGUUGACUACUUCAAGCCUCUGGAUGGUGACUUUGAUGAGAAUGUGGUCGUCCAGAUCAAAUAUGGACCCAUUGACUUCCAAGUCCGAGAGCCAGCAUCGCCGCUAUUUGCAAACUUGCGCAACACAAGCACGGCAAUAGAGCUGGAAGUGGCUCAAGAAUAUCUGGGACAGCAGUGUCACCUCGUAUAUCUUCCACCGCUUUGGAAGACUGUUACAGACUUCGACUUACGUAUUGACAACUUCAGCUCAGUCGUACGCGACGUCAUGACUGGAAAGCAUUUCAAACGGCCCCUUGGUGGCUCCGCCGCAGUGGUGAAUGUCGGCCAGAACAGCACCUGGCUGGGCAGUCACCUCGCCAUGUCAAAUCUGUAUGCCUACGGGCGCUUGGCGUGGACCUGGAAUCUUGAGCCCGAAGACAUCCUCCGCGAUUGGAUACGUCUCACCUUUGGUCACAACCAAAAGGUACUCGAUACCAUCGCCGACAUGAGUAUGGCUUCUUGGCCUGCGUAUGAGAGCUACAGCGGCAAUUUAGGAAUCCAGACGCUCACGGACAUCCUAUAUACGCAUUUCGGGCCAAAUCCGCAAAGUCAAGACAAUAACGGCUAUGGACAAUGGACUCGCGCUGACGCCAACACAAUCGGAAUGGAUCGUACUGUCUCAAAUGGUACGGGCUACGCAAGCCAGUACCCGGCCGAGGUGGCCAGCAUGUACGAAGACAUUGCCACCACCCCCGAUAAUCUACUCUUGUGGUUUCAUCACGUCAAUUACACGCACCGCCUACACUCCGGCCAAACGGUCAUUCAACACUUCUACGAUGCACACUACAACGGCGCGCGAAUAGCGAACGGCUUCGUAUCGCAGUGGGAAUCCUUGCUAGGUCUCAUCGAUGAUCAGAGGUUUGAUGAUGUCCUGUUCAGACAGAUCUACCAAGCAGGCCAUUCCCUAGUCUGGAGAGAUGCGAUCGUGAACUUCUACCACAAUCGCUCUAGCAUUUCCGACGAGGCGGGUCGAGUCGGAUUCCAUCCCUAUCGCAUUGAAGCUGAAUCCAUGAACUUGACGAAUUACAAGAUCUACGACGUCUCUCCCUUUGAAACAGCUUCGGGAUCUAAAGCUAUUGUGACUACCUCUAAUAGCACUACCGGCAUCGCCACCACUGUACUUCCUUUCGACUCGGGGAUCUAUGAUGUUGCAGUCAACUACUAUGACACGUAUGGUGGAAACAGCAGCUAUUCUCUCAGCAUCUCGAAUCGUACGAUCGGGACUUGGACUGCUGACAUUGUCGAUACGGGAAAGCUUGGGCAUACGCCUUCUAUUUAUCUGGAUGGGCAUUCUGCUACUAGGAUUACGUUUCGGGAUGUGCAGGUUCAAAAGGGGGAUGUUUUGAGGUUGGAAGGGAGGCCGAGUGGCAUUGAGCCUGCGCCUGUGGAUUAUGUUGCUGUUUUGCCGAAAGGGGUUGUGGACUAG